AUGGCUGGCCUCUAUGUCUACCGAGUGCUCUCCUUGCUCCUAGCCGCCAUUUUCGCUAUUGUGGUGUUGGCUCUGAGCGUGCAGGAUCACAGUGCUGAAACCACAGUAUUUCUCGGCACGUUCGUUUAUACUAGAAUGGGAGUGGCUGCCGGUAUCAUGUCGGCCGUUACGCUGCCGCUACUGUUGAUUGGAGGCCACCUCAGGUCGGUGCCGUUGUGUUCAACAAUUCUCUUCGAGGUGUUUUGGUUGUCUGUCCUCGGAUGGCUUUGGAUCGCAACGGCCGGUUUGACUUUCGCAGAUCCAAAUAUCCGAAUCCUGGACCAAGACGUGACAGGUUGCGAUCUAUACACCGAUGAGCCCGAUACUUUCAAGGUCUGUAGGGAUUCUCAACCCAUAGGCAUACUCUCGGCUGUAACGGGAGCCAUCUUGCAACUCUACGUGAUAACGCUCUUCGUCGUGGCACUACAACACUCAAACAAUGGCAAGUCCGUUUGGGGUACUUCCGUCAGGAAGAGCGGGAAGAACGAGUCUGCUGUGUAA